GCGGAAGCAUGUGACAUCAUCAAAACAGUGUACGCCUGGGUAGCGUCUGUUACCCUGUCUGGAUUACUACAUUUAAUAGCGAUCGUUUGAAUUGCAAGCGCUAUGUUCCGUUUCUUGGGUAGCGGUUGUCGCUUUGACUGACCCGCUCGGUAUCGAGUGCGACGACUUUGUUGAUUUCCUCGAUAGUCAUUAUCGAAAACACUAUGGUUGAGCAGUCGGAUCGCGCACCGUUGCUGGACUGGGAGGAGGUUCCCCCGGCCGAACUUGCCCCAACGGUUCCAUCACCGGAGACUGGCGAUUCAAUACAAUCCGGUCUGUCCGGUUACCCGACCGAGGGCAGUGUACGGGCAGAUAUCUCCGUGAACACAAGCCCGGCGAGACCGACUAGUGUAACAGCUGUUUCAGGUGAAAGUGCACAUUCUCCCCAUAAACACAGCGGCCCGGGAGGAGAUGCUUCCGCCACCGAUGAAGAGGGAGACUGCGCCUUUCACGGACUGUCAGUCAGAGAUCGGAGGAUCACUGGAUGGGAAGAAAAAGACCAAAUUGUUGCAGUGUUUGUUGUGACUUUCGAUACAAGAUCGGGAAACAUGAUAGAAUGGUGUCUACCUGAAGAUGUGAAUCUGGAGGGAGUAGAGUUUAAGUCUAUGGCAAGCGGCUCGCAUCGGAUCUCAAGUGACUUCAUAUAUUUCCGUAAAGGCUGUUACUUUGGACUAGCGUGCUUUGCCAACAUGCCUGUGGAGAGUGAGCUGGAACGAGGAGCUCGGAUGAAAUCUGUAGGGAUUUUGUCUCCUUCUUACACACUGCUAUACCGUUAUAUGCACUUCCUGGAAAAUCAAGUCCGGCACCAGUUGCAGUGUCCAGGUCAGUACUCUCCACUGGAAGCUUUCUAUGAGGAUAAAAAGGCAGUGUUGCCUCCGGGAGGGAACGGUUUGGUCACCGCUUGCCCGACUAGUGCUCUUGGACCCAUAGUCAACCGCUGCAUGCAUCCAGAAAUGAAGAUUACACACCCGGCUGGCUGCAUGUCCCAGUUUAUCCGCUUCUUUGGAGAACAGAUCAUGGUGCUGUGGAAGUUUGCUUUGCUCAGGAAACGCAUCCUCAUUUUCUCUCCUCCCCCUGUUGGUGUGGUCUGCUAUCGUGUAUACUGUUGCUGCUGCCUUGCUAAUGUGUCCAUUCCUGGGAUGGGCGUGUCUGUUCCGGAGUUUCGCCCCUUCUUCUACAUCAAUGUUGCUGACAUCGCCGCUCUUGAGACUGAACUUUCUUACGUGGCCUGUACAACAGAGAAGAUCUUUGAGGAAAAGAAGGAGCUGUAUGAUGUCUACAUUGACAAUCAGAAUGUAAAGACACACAGAGAGAGCCUCCAGCCUCUGCUUAGACUCAACGGUGCGGACCGAGAGAAGUAUCGAAAGCUCUGUGAGCAAAGGCAGUUGCUGCUGUAUUCUCAGGAGGUGGAUGGAGACUGCACAUCUAAUGAGGAAGACCUCUUUAUUUUGUUCUUCAUGGAGCAAAACAACAGAAUCUUCCAGACCCUGUCUGAGGUGGCGGCGAGCGCCGAUCCUACCCUGACUGCUGAACACGUGAGAGCCAUGGGGCUGGAUCCUCAGGGUGACCGCGGUUUCCUUGUGGACCUGCUGGAAAUCUACGGCAUCGACGUCAUGCUGGUUAUCGACAACCCCUGCUGCCCGUAAGACUCUCAGUCUCUGCCGCUCUCUCUGGAGCCCAUUUUCUUUUAGGGCUACAACACACACUGCCUACUGAUUACCUGCUUUCUUUUCUCUCUUUCUCUGGCUUGGCUAACUCAGGAGCCAUUCCUGACCCCUCUGGAUACUGCCAACACCAACAAGGUGCAAUCCGUCUGCAGGCUUUUUGUGCACUCUGCAGCCAGUGACGUCUUUCUGCUUGUCUGUCUAUCUAUGUGCUUAGUAUCCUUCCAGCCAUCUUGGAUUUCUACUCGACUCUGCCUAAGCUUGUUUCCAAAACAUGAUGAUCUCUGUGCCUCUCUCUCUAUUGCUUUUUAUCGUGCGGUCUUCAGUUGUGACUUUGUUCUUCUAGCCAGUGCUGUCUGGGGGAACUGAUGUGAAUAUAAAUCUGCUUCACUUGGACACCAGAGAAUCCAUCAAAGGAGCAACUCUCCCAGAUCCACAUAUUUUUGUUGGUAACAACGGUUUGGUAAAGUCAUAUCUGUAUUUAUAAAACCUUUAUGGAUGUUGCAUAUUACACACAGUACUGUGACGGUGACGAUUUUCACAAUCGACGCCACAUUUUCUGAACUUAAUCAUGUACAUGUGAACGGUCAUUUCAUUUUGGGAAAAAACAGACAUCAGUCACUGUGUUUGUUGUGUUAUUUGUGAUCUAUUGUGCAUGGACAAAUAGACACAAUCAGUUAUGCUACUGUAGUUGGCACAAAGCUUAUUAACGAAUACGAAUAGAAAUUAACAACAGUGUAGAAGGUUCUCGGUCAUUCUUAUUUCACUACCCAAAUGUUUGCUAAUGAUUGUGACUAUCAUUCAAUGCUGUCUACGACAUUCUCUAUUCAAGCAUUUCCUGUUUGAACGGGUAUUAUUGUGUUAAAAACGAAUGAAUUGAAACAUAAAAUGUGUGUUUGUUCAAUCUGGACAGGCCUUUAAUCACUAUCACUCUUAGUAUUGAAUGUAAACUGUACAUUUAAUGCACAGUCUGAUGCACAUAUGAUGUAAACAGAUGCAGAAAUGUUACAUUCAGCUUUUUGAGUCCCUUAAUUUGCUCUGAAGAAAUGAAUGUGAUUCUAUUCAUGUCCGUCAUUAGUGAAUGCUUCUGAUUAUUACUUGUUAAAGACUUUGAAUAUGUAUAUAUUUGGGGUUUCUUAUUUAAAUGUGUUUGGGUCGAUCAUUUCUGGAUAACGGCAGCAAACUGGCCUCAAACAAGGCUGACUGAUUAUGGUUUGUGUGUGUUUAUAUGUUCAUCCUGUGAAAAAGCUGGACACUUAAUAAUUCAAAUUAUUCAUUAAUAUAGGUGAAAUUUAAGAGAAAAAGUAUUUACUUGACCUUUUGAGUUUACAGAUUCCGUUCAUCUAAUUUUCAACCUUCUAAUAAAAUCAUGCAUAGUGAUAAUUGAUUUCUUGGGAAUGAGUGCAGGCACUCAGUUUGAUGAAUAAAGUUCUUUAAAUGACAUGAAAUAUUUAAAUUAACAAUAAAUAAUACUGUUGCUUCUAAAGAUUUGAUUAAAUGUGACUUUUGUUUUUACAUUUCUUAUCUAUCAGAGAACUUAACAGAACUUUCUGUAUUAUAUAAAUCUUUCAGGCCAUCCUCUUGUAGGAUGUUGGUUGGUUAUUUAGUGUCCGAGUGUACAUGAAUAGACAAUGUAUAUUAUUGUACAGGUUGAAUUGUCUGGUAUUGUGUAUGUGCGGUUAUUUUUUUUGUGAGUUAUCUAAGUGUUACACAAGUCUUCGUCACAAUAACAAGCUAAACGAAUGUUGAGUUUUACUCUACUGGUAUCACAAAGCACUAGUGUAAUGCCUCUCUGUCUUACACAUUACCUAUACAGUAAUGCAAACUAACAGCAUGUUACUGUUGUUUUAAAGCCAGUGAUUCUUAUUCACUGCCAUUUUGAAAUAAAUGGUUCCUUCUUUUCUAUCA